GAGCGACAUGGAGUACAGCAGCUCCCCGAAGCCGCAGCUGUCCUCCCGGGCCAACGCCUUCUCCAUCGCCGCGCUCAUGUCCAGCGGCAAGCCGAGCAAGGACAAGGACGGCGGGGAGAGCACCAUCAAGCCGCUCGAGCAGUUCGUGGAGAAGUCAUCGUGCAGUCAGACGCCCCUCUCGGAGCGCUCCUCUUCAUCUUCAUCUUCCUCUUCGUCCUCACUGGACAUCCUGCAACCGCUGGCGGGAGAGCUGGUCGGGAGCGCGCCGCUGUCAGGCGUGGGGGCGUGCACGGAGCCCCUCAUCCCUACCAGCCCGCCGCUCCCGUGCAGCGAGGAGAUGGCCAACAUCUCAUGCAGCCUCGAGACCAAAGAACUCUGGGACAAGUUCCACGAGCUCGGCACUGAGAUGAUCAUCACCAAGUCGGGAAGGCGGAUGUUCCCGACCAUCCGUGUGUCUUUUUCGGGUGUGGAGCAAGAGUGCAAGUACAUCGUGUUGAUGGACAUCGUCCCGGUGGACAACAAGCGCUACAGAUACGCUUACCACAGAUCCUCGUGGUUGGUGGCCGGCAAGGCGGAUCCUCCUCUUCCUGCCAGGUUGUACGUACAUCCCGAUUCUCCGUUCAGCGGCGAGCAGCUGAUGAAGCAAAUGGUUUCUUUUGAGAAAGUCAAACUCACCAACAACGAGCUCGACCAGCACGGACACAUCAUCCUAAACUCCAUGCACAAGUACCAACCUCGGGUUCACAUCAUCAAGAAGAAGGAGCACACGGCCUCGUUGCUCAACUUCAAGUCGGAGGAGUUCCGCACGUUCGUCUUUGUGGAAACCGUCUUCACCGCAGUCACCGCGUACCAGAACCAGCUGAUCACCAAGCUGAAGAUUGACAGCAACCCCUUCGCCAAAGGAUUUCGGGAUUCGUCGCGGCUAACCGACAUGGAGAGGGAAAGUGUGGAGAAUCUGAUCCACAAGCAUUCGUACGCCCGCUCGCCCAUCAGAACGUACGCCGGCGACGACGACCAUUUGCCUGACGACGGACACCCGCCACACGCCAGAGGCUCGGCGUUCACCGCCUCGGACAACCUGUCGCUGAGCUCCUGGGUGAGCAGCGGCACGUCGGCGGCCUUCUCGGGCUUCCAGCCCCCUCCGUCACUGUCAGCCAUGGGGACGGGCGGAGCCACCUCCCUGCCGCACCCCAUGCAAGGCUCGCUGCCCCCCUACGGGCGUCUCGGCAUGCCCCUGACACCGGGCGCCUUGCAGGCCGGCGGACCGUCCUUCCCAACUUUUCACAUGCCGCGCUAUCACCACUACUUCCAGCAGGGGCCCUACGCCGCCAUUCAGGGCCUGCGCCACUCUUCCGCUGUCAUGACGCCCUUCGUAUGACUCCGCCCCCCCUCCCCAAACCUCGGACCGCCUCACUUGUGUAAAUAGCUCACUGUAACGAAAGGACGACGAAGCAGGAAGAAAGUAAACGAAAGGGACAUCUUGGCGCAUAAGGACCAGAACAUGGAGUCAGCCAUGUUGUCAAAAGCGACCUGAUUGGUUGGCUUCCUCGUUGAGACGACGAGAGAGGCUACCAGCGACAUUUGAUGGGAACCAGAUGUGAUUCCAAACACGUGUACAGUCAAAAGUCAACCUGUAGGUUAAGAAAUUAGGACUGGGCGGAAGCGCUACACUGGCUCACUAGAGAGCGAAAUUUAAAUAAACGCUAGCACGCAUGCUGGAUUCAAAUAUUGUAAGAAAAAGAAAAAAAAUCAUUGAUUCACUUUGGGAUGUUGAGUUCAACGUUUAAAACAGCAAAAGUAAACUACCUGACUGUUAGCGUAAGCUGACUGGCCGUUAUUUGUUUUUGGGUUGAAAGGGAUACAAAGAAAUGUUUCAGUCUUCCUGGAAAUUGUCCUCAAUGCUUCUCAUGUCAUUAUUAUUAUUUGAUUUAGAGAAGAGUGGAUAGAAAAAGUCAACACACUCCAAUUCAAAUGGCUGAUUUUGUGAUGUUUUUUUUUUUUUUUUUUUUUAAAACAAAAAUGAGGUAUUUGAGCUGGCUUGUGCACAUUUUUACAAUUCACUGCAAAUUGUGGGAUCCAAAUAUUCAAUUAUGCUAAAAAACUUUAGUAACAGUUUUUUAAAACUCCAAAUUUAUUAAAUUAUUUUUUCGAACUCCGGUUUUAAGGACGUCUUCCUUCAAUUCACAUUUUUUCCUUAUAUCUUAAACACGCGGUAAUGCCGAGGUUGAAUGUGUACAUUUAAAAAAAAAAAAAAACUGCAUAUUUAUUUGGUUUCCAUGAAUGUAAAAUGUACAAAUGACACAUUUGUUUCUUUGUUGUCAUCUGAGCACCAAACAAUCUUGCGUUUUGUUGACUGUUUUUUUUAAGUGCAAUAUAUUUAUUUGGUUGUCUGAAAAUGUCUAAUGUAUCACCUUGAAAAAAAGUUUUGUCAAACUUGAGAAAUAUAUAUCACCACCCA